UUCUAUAUAAAUGGUAUGAAUGGCACCUACCAGAAUGUUCUGAAAAUCAUUUUCAGAGUGGAAUUUCAUUACCUAUUUAAAGGAUGAGGAUUUAUAUGUGCAUUCUUUUGAUUAAGGGAGAACUUGCUACUGUAUGUCAGAACAUGAAGUAGGAAGGGGCAGCACAAUGGUGUCUCCUUGUUCUUGUGGCUGUUCUGGGGCUUUGGAUUUUUUCCUGCUGAACGCAGCAAUAUUGAGUUUGAAUUUAUAAAUAGAUCUUUCCCCAUGGACGGAAGAGUAAUAACCUCUUUAGUGUCAUGUCAGAUUAUGCUCUGAGAGUCAUGAAUUAUCACGGCAGUGGUAUUACAGUGCAUUAGGAGGUAAACUCAUAGGGCUGUCAAAACGUGCUUUCCUUUUACUAUACAUUCUUGGCUUUUGGAGUAGAAUUUAAAGUGAGACAUGAUGGAGGGAUAGCCAGACCCAAAGCUGAUCUAAGAUUUCAAAGUAUUUUUCAAACUAUGAUUUAAAACCUUCAUGACAGAGCAAUUUUUGACUGAAUUUCCUGGUCUUACAUUCACCUGGUUUUUAUUGCCAAAUGCACAUACCUGUAAAUGUCUACAUCUAUACAACUGCUCAUCUAUUUUUAUAUUUUUCAGUCUUACAAUAUGACUUUCUGGAGUGAAAUCCUUCUUAGACCAUUGAGUUCAUAAAAUAAAGGUUUUACUUUAGUUUCUGUCUUUUACUGCAUGGGUAGCAGUAUUGAGUAAGGGGAGGAAUGAGAACCAAGCAGAUGUGAACCUUCACCAUGUCGAUGAACAAAAUCAUUUUCUCCCAGAUUUUCCAAAAGAUCCUUUGAUUCUCAGCGCUUUGCAAAAUUGAUCUUAUUUCACCUAAGCAACAAAUAGUUACGGUUUCAAAAAUCAAGGCUGACAUAUCCAAAGCUGGGUAAUGGUAUUUCCAUUAGUCAGGGCACUCAGACAUGCAGUUUCACUUUCACAAACACAGAGCUGAAUGUUUUUUCACAGGAAAGAAGUAUUUUAAACCACCAGUACCAAUGUAUCACUGUAUAACACUGCUAAGCACUUCCCUGAGCUAAUGCUUAGAACUGUUUAAACAAACUUGAAUGUCACUGUCCUGACCCCCUUCCAUAGGUCACUUUUUCUCAGCUUGCCAAAUAAUGGAGUUAUUUCAUUACCUGUGAAUUUAGGCUGGAAAAAGAAUGCUAUUGUUUAAAGUUGAGUUGGACAGGAAUCAGAAAGGACUAUUUCAAGACAACUUUCGUACAAUUUGCUGCUGGUUUUCAAAAUCUUAAGUCGUAUUUACAGAUCUCUUUCUUUUCUUAGACAGCAUUUGGCACAGUAACAUAGGCAGCGUUUCCAGAAAUGGGGAAGAGGCAGAGAACCACAGAUGAUGGAGCUGGAGGCUCCUCCAUUUUGUACAGAGGAAGAAAGCGAGGAGCUCGUUGGCUGGUUGUGCUGGUUCCAAACCACUGUAUUAAGCAAACUCAAUGUAACUCUUUGAUGAAAACACCUAUUCACUGAAAGAGGUGAGCAGGCAGAAGUGAGAGGAUGGGGCUCUUGUUAAAGAAGGUGUGCUACAUAAUAACCUAGCACAAAUAAACAUAUUAACGAGUAAGUAGUGAUAAUUUGUUUAGAACAUCAUACACCGGCUGCUUCCAGCAGGGCAUAGGAGGAUUUCUUGCGGGUGUCAGCUGGACGUGUACCUGUGUGACCUCUUGCAGGGACCGUGCUUUAGCAGAGGGAUGGAUUCGAUAAUGUCUUGAGGUCCCUGUGACUCUGUGGUUCUGUGAGAUCGAUGGUGAACGUGUUACGGCUCGCGAUUUUCCUCCACGAUAUGCAACGAGCCAUGGAGCUGCUCUUCGGCAAAGCUUCAGACAACACAAAGAUUAAAAGUGAAAGCGAAGCCUGAGCCGCCAUGUAACCCGGGCUGCACCACAGGGACGCGCAGGUGGCUUUAAGCGAGGAUCUCAUGGAAAACUCGCACAUCGGUUACGCAAAACAUUGCCCUGCGGGGUGCAGCGAGGUGAAAUGUAUCGGAUACGGUGGAAAUCCCAGCUGAAGACCCGGCGGUUCCGCGAGUUCCUCCGCCGCAGGGAGGGGAGCGGGGCCGCCCGCCGUCCCCGCCCCGUUCCUCUCCGCGGCGCGACAUGGCCGGCACGGGGCGCGGGGCUGUGGCGGAGCUGUGGGGGGUGCUGCUGCCGCCGCGGCGGGCGGCCGAGGGCUCGGAGGACGAGGAGGACGAAGAGAUCGAGGAGGAGCCGCACUUGGCGGAGGCCGCGCUGCUGGAGGCUUCCGGGAGGGAGUUGGCGGCCGCCCUGCCCCCGCGCCGAGCCGCUAUUAUACAAGAGAGCUCCAAAAAGGAAUAUGAAGUAGUUGGACGUUUUCCAUUAGUUGGCCCCUGGUGGACAGUUAAUGUUAAAGUUAAAAAAGGAGGCUCAAAGUAUUUCGUUCAGGGAUAUCCAUCCUAUUUUCUUCGAACUAAUAUAGAAGACAACAACCGAGAAGUCUUCUCACUCUUUCUCAAGGAAUGUGGAGUUCCAGAGUAUUUUAAGAAUUUGUUUUUUUCCUGGCUACCUGCAAAGUCUACGCUAAGUUUUGGAAAUCUUGAAGAAAAACUAAAACAAUUCCAAGUUGCACAUUUAUCAACAGGGAAGAAACAAGGAGACACCAAGGAUUUUGAUAUCUUAUACUAUGUUUGGAAAUCAGUUGCAGGGAAGGCAGUGUUGGUAGCCCUGACUUACCCGAUGAUACUGGAAUUCUUGCCUACUCUUCUGCCACGCCAUUUUUGCUCUCUUUUGGAUACGGUGUGCUGGCAAAGAAAGACUGAAAAUGAUAUGGAUGGUGAGGCGGUACAUUUUGAAGAUGACAUACUAAAAAAGUUGGAUGAAAUAUUAAAAAACGAGCCAUGGAAACUUGGAUUCAGCAGGAUUACUUAUAGGGAACUGAAACUUUCUUACUGUGAGGCAACGUGGGAUGCCUUCUGUCAGUGUGAGCACCUCCUCCGGAAGAUUCCUGACUUGCAGAAGAAUGCUUUGAUUCUGUAUAAUAAACUGAAGAAACACUGCAGAGAAAUGGGACACACUUACGAAGAUCAGAAUGAAUUAACUCGUUUUGUAUCUGAAGAUAUGUCCAUUGAGGGUGCUUGGCAAUCUCUGGAAUUUCUGAAAGAUGAGAAUAUAGUGAUUAGGGAGAAGACACUGGUGUUUCUGCCUCAUCUUUACAAAUCUGAAAAAGACAUUGCGAUGUAUAUAGGUGAUCUUCUGUCAAAAUGCUCCUGGCAAAUAGAUGUUGAUGUGAGAAAGAUCCUUAACGCUUCUGAGAUGUCAAGAGAAAUUGCAGACAGUAAAACGAGUGGUAUCCAGGAUCAUGAAGUGGAACAUCUGAAGGAAGAUAACCCAGACAAUCAUCACUGUGAAUAUCAGUUCCCUGAAAGGGAAGUGGCAUCUACAUCUGGUACCCAAAGUAAAGCAGAGGUAGACCUAGAUCAGGUGAUUGCUAUACAAAAGAUUUGUUCUAAUCCUGUCACAAUCAUAAGUGGGAAAGGAGGCUGUGGCAAAAGUACAAUUGUUAGCUGCCUUUUUCGGCACUUAAAGCAGAUAGAAAAAGAAGUGGAAGCUGCUUCCAAGGACUUUGAAGAAGACCUGGACGUGUCUGAGGAGUGGGAUACUUUUGAUCGUCACUGGGAGUCAGAGAACACUUGCACAAAAAAUCCCUUAAAUGUUCUAUUUACUGCACCCACAGGGAGGGCAGCAAGCCUUUUGAGUGAGAAAACCAAGCUUCCUGCAUACACUCUGCAUCAGAUCAUCUAUAGUUUUAAAUCAUGGAGGCAGACUGAAAAAGAAGUGCCAUGGAAGUUUUCUACUGUGACAGUUCUGAUUGUGGAUGAAGGAAGCUUGGUGUCUGUACACAUUCUUAGCUUAGUUUUAAAACUCUUAUGUGAGCAUGCUCAGCUUGCCAAACUUAUUAUUCUAGGUGAUACGAGGCAGCUACCAAGCAUUGACCCUGGCAACAUGCUAGCUGAUAUCUUUAAUAGUUUAAAAUCAAAAGGCCUUUCUGUGGAACUGCGAACUAAUCACAGAGCUGAAUCCCAACUCAUUGUAGAUAAUGCAACAAGAAUCUCUCUCCGAAAGCUUCCUGAAUUUGAUGAGGUGCUGAAAUUUUCUGGUUGGAAUAAAGAGCUGGCAAUGCCAAGCCCUGAGAAGAAAUUCAUUUUUAUUGCUUUGCCUUCUGAUGGGGGUUCUGAUAAUUUGCAAGGUGCCAUAAAGGCUUUACUUAAAGAAGGACCAGGAUUGCAGGAUGCCACACAGUCCCAGUUCAUUGCUUUCAGAAGACAAGACUGUGAUCUAAUAAAUGAACUUUGCUGCCAACACUAUUCAAACCAUUUAACCAGAGACCAUAAAAGACGACUUUUAUUUCAAAUUGAUGACAAGAUUUCCUGCACAAGAAAUACGUACCUCAAGGAUCUCUUACCAGACCCUGGUAUUGGACGGAAUCCUGAUCACCAGAAAUGCAGAAACGGAGAAACCACCCUCAGUACAGAGACUACUGAGGAGGGCAAACGACUGUGCAAUGGAGAUAUAUUUUUCAUAACACAUGAUGUAGAAAUUAAUAAGCAGCGCUUAUUGACCAUCAGCAGCACAUAUGGCUCCACGUACACUGUGAACUAUAAGGCUCUGAAGAAGCUCUGUCAUAUAAAACAUGCAUGGGCCAGAACUAUUCACACAUUUCAGGGUUCUGAGGAAAAAACAGUUGUCUAUGUGGUUGGCAAUCCGGGCCGUCAGCACUGGCAGCAUGUGUACACAGCUGUGACCAGAGGACGCUGCCGUGUCUACGUUAUUGCUGAAGAGAUGCACCUCAGGAAAGCAGUCACUAACAAUAACUUUCCCAGAAAAACUCGCUUACAGAGGUUUUUGAGAGAGGCAAUUGCAAAUACAAACAACUGUCUGACACAAACAUCAUCUCCUCUGACAAAGAGCUGGCGAGGACCAGAGCCUGGGACUCAGCCUGUUUCUUUAACUCAAGAUGUUCCUGACCCACCUGAACCUGGAACUGACAGGAUUCAGCUAGAAGGAUCAGCAGAUCUAAGUAAAGAGCGCAUGGGUAAUUCGCAGCAGAUAAGUCCAUAUAAAAGACAACAAAGCCACGCAGAGGAUUCUGAGGAUCCAUUAGGAAAAGACUCCCCACUUGGGACUGCCAAACUCAGGAGCCUAACUUUGAAGCAAGUAACUCCCAGGAAGCUUUUCAAAAGUUGACAUACAAUUAACUGUCCUCUU